UUUAGAGAUUCUUCUAUGCCUGCUUUAUUUUUGAGCAAGAGGAUUGAUGCAGAGGGAUCAGUGGUAACAGCUGACACACUGAUACCAGCCAUAGCACAUUCGUUCCAGAAAGAACUCACAUCAAAGAAAAGGGAUGAGUUUGAAGAUAUCUUGGAAGAAAGACGGCAAUCCAGUGACUUGCGAUAUGCAAUGAAAUGUUAUACUCCUGUCAUUUACAAAGGACUUUCAGCUUGCAAGCCAAGUGCCAUUAAAAACAGUGUUCUUCAGUCUGAACAAGUUCAGUAUGUUAUCAAACAGUUAUCCAAAGAGAUGGGUGAGUCUGCUGAUAUUAUACAAGAAGAAGCCACUGAAAUCCUGGACGAGAUGGGUCACAAUUUACACAUAGGAGCUAUUCGAUUUUUUGCUUUUAGUCUGAGCAAAAUAUUUAAACGCCUUUUCCAGAGGGUUUGUGUGAAUGAAGAAGGAAUUCAGAAAUUACAACAGGCCAUUCAGGAACAUCCAGUUGUCCUGCUGCCCAGUCACCGAAGCUAUAUAGAUUUUCUGAUGCUAUCUUAUUUAUUAUACACUUAUGACUUGGCUCUGCCUGUCAUUGCUGCAGGAAUGGAUUUCCUCGGAAUGAAAAUAGUUGGUGAGCUGCUACGAAGGUCAGGUGCCUUUUUUAUGCGACGUUCGUUCGGUGGGAACAGGCUCUAUUGGGCAGUUUUUGCUGAAUAUGUUAAAACAAUGUUAAGGAAUGGCUAUGCCCCAAUUGAAUUUUUUCUCGAAGGAACUAGAAGCCGCACUUCAAAGACUUUGACUCCAAAGUUUGGUCUUCUCAGUAUUGUGAUGGAGCCAUUUUUUAAACGAGAAGUUUUUGACACCUACCUUGUUCCAAUCAGCAUCAGCUAUGAGAGGAUAUUGGAAGAAUCCCUCUAUGCAUAUGAACUUCUAGGAGUCCCUAAGCCAAAAGAGUCUACAUCUGGGUUGUUGAAAGCCAGAAAAAUCCUCAGUGACAAUUUUGGAAGCAUACAUGUGUAUUUUGGGCAGCCUGUGUCGCUCAGAACAUUGGCAUCUGGGAGAAUCAAUCGGUGCCCUUAUAACUUGGUCCCAAGGCAUCUUCCCCAAAGGCUAUCUGAGGAUAUCCAGGAAUUUGUUACUGAUGUAGCCUACAAAAUGGAGCUUCUACAGAUAGAAAAUAUGGUUCUGAGCCCCUGGGUAUUAAUUGCUUCUGUCCUGCUUCAGAAUUUGCCAGCCAUAGAUUUUGAUGUUCUCGUUGAAAAGACACUUUGGCUGAAAGGCAUAACGCAGGUGUUUGGGGGAUUCUUCGAGUGGCCUGAUAAUCUCUGUGCCAACAAAGCAGUCACAUCCAGUCUUGCCUUGCACACCAACAUUGUGAGCCUUGUCAAUGGCCAGGUGGUUUUAAAUGACAUGGGAAUAGAGGAUGGAGCAACAGAAGAACUUAUUUUUAAACAAGCCCUCUCCAUCCUCAUGUGUGGAGCAUACCGGAACCAGUUGCUAAAUGUGUUUGUGCGCCCAUCUCUGGUAGCAGUAGCAUUGCAGAUGACGCAAAGUUUCAGAAAAGAGGAAAUCUAUAACUGCUUCAACUUCUUGCGGAACAUGUUUUCUGAUGAGUUCAUCUUUUUCCCUGGCAUUGCACUGAAGGACUUUGAAGAAGGAUGUUUUCUGCUUACAAAAUGUGAUGUAAUUCAAGUGACUCCCCAGGAAAUCUUAGUUACCGAGAAAGGAAAUUCUGCAGCAUCUUUUUUGGCAGCUAUGUUCAGGCCUUUUAUGGAAGGUUACCAGAUAAUCUGCCGAUAUCUUUCAAAAGAAACAAAAGAGACCUUUACUGAAAAGCAGUUUAUACUUGGAAUCCGUAACUUUGCUUUUCAGCUACUUGAGACAGGAAGUACUCAGUGUUAUGAAGUUUUGUCUUCUGACUUGCAGAAAAAUGCAUUGGCAGCUUUUGUACGACUAAAUGUAAUGAAGAAGAUGAAAAUGACUAGUGGAUUAACUUACACUGUAAACAAAGAGGCACUCAGUAAAACAGAAGAAAUGUUUGAGUCUCAGAUACCUAAAAGGAAACUUGUGACUGCAAGACUUUAAUAUUAAUCAAAAGACUUUGAAUUAUUUCACUGUGUGCACUAUAAUUUACAAAAAACACUGACAAGUAGUCAACUGGGGUAUGGAUAGGUACAGAAAUAUACAUCUUGCCUUUUCCAUUUUGGAAUUUUCAUAUAUAUUGAUAUUAGAUGUUGAGCAAAGGUUGUUCAAUUGAAAUAUUUUCAUUACCAGGACUGAACUUUAUCAGUACUGAUGUUUACUGUGUUUCUUUUUAAACUAAAUUUAAACAUCUUUUUGGAUACAUAUUUGAAGAAAAAAAAUGCACAGAAACAUAUACUUUACAUACUUUUUUAGUUUUGCUACAAGGAAAAGUUUUGUUUCAAAUAGGUUAUUUCAUCAAUGGUAAACUGUAACUGAGAACUAAAGACAACAUUAAACAUAAUAUUUAGACAAAAA